UUUCAUCAAUGGAAGCGAAGAAAAGAAGAAGGAGAAAUGAAGAAUCAGAGAAGCCAUGUUCACCGGUCGUCGUAUUUGCUCACGGGGCCGGUGCUCCCUCAUCUUCCGGCUGGAUGAUUCGGUGGAAGGAGAUGAUAAAGAAGACAUGACAAGUUGUCACAUUUGAUUACCCUUAUAUUGCUGGAGGGAAAAGAAAAGUUCCUCCAAAGGCAGAAAAACUGGUCAGUUUCCAUGUGGAUGUUGUCAAAGAAACCGCGGCUAGAUUCCCUGGUCAUCCUUUGAUAUUGGCUGGCAAAUCAAUGGGUUCGAGAGUAAGCUGUAUGGUAGCUGUGAGUGAAGACGUUACAGUUUCAGCUGUGAUAUGUUUGGGAUAUCCGCUUAAGGGCAUGAAUGGAGCAAUCAGAGAUGAGACCUUGUUGGAAAUGGGAGUCCCUGUGAUUUUUGUUCAGGGUAGCAAAGAUCCUUUGUGUCCUCUGGAUAAGCUCCAAGCUGUUUGCAGCAAUAUGAAAACUGUGACUGAGCUGCAUGUGAUCGAUGGCGGAGAUCACUCCUUGGAGAUUACGAAGAAGCACCUCGAAACAAAGGGUUUAACACAAGAUCAAGUUGAAGAUGUUGCUCUGCAAGCGAUUGCUGCUUUUGUCUCCAAAUCUCACUUGCUUGCUUGCUGAAAGAAAGCUCAUAUUAGUAAAAUAGGUAUUGUUUUGGUCAUCCUUGAUAUAUAGACUACAUUUGCUUGGCAUUUCUCUGUACAUUAGCUUCUUAAUUUCAACUCUCCUAAUUGGCUACUGCCAUCAGUUUAUA